CAGAUGACGUUGAAUAGCGCGCUUAUACAAUAAAGAAUAAACAACUGGCAAGGUUUUGGUGUGUUUUGGGGCAGUGGCCAAAAUGAACGUGCGUUGGAAAAGGAUUUAAAAAGGACACAGCAGCAAGUCCCCCCUCGCCGCAAAAACGAAAAACCAUUUGGGAUAUCGUUCGUAUCGUUGGGUUUUAUCGACUAGGAAAAUUUCGCUCGGGCCUUUUCUCUUAUCGUCUAUCGAUAAUAUUAGUUGCUUCAAAAGGUUUCUGUUUUAAAAAGACGACCUGUAUACCUCGGACACUUGUCUGGAAAAAAUCAUGCCUGCCACCACUCGUUCAACGGUUCUUGUCACUGGUUCAGAGGGACAGACAGCGUCUGCGCUCGUCGAUUUACUCUCACUGUCACCCAACCAGUUUGACACAAGAACUGUAUCUCUCAGCAAGUCCGAUGUAUCCUCACUUGAGGACAUCUUUUCUACAACGAGAAUAGAUUCCAUCUUUCUCGUGCCUCCACAAACACGAGAUGCUAUUGCAAGAGUCCGCAUCCUCCUCGAUGUAGCCCAGCAGCACAACGUCGCAUAUGUUGUGCUUGUUAGCAUGUUGGGCGCGGAAGACCAAACUGGCACUUUUGCUGAACACUUUACGGAAAUGGAACAUCAUCUUCAGUCGUCUCGUCUGCCCCACACGAUCCUGAGAACGUCACCUCUUCAGCAAAACUUCCUUCAUCUCGCCGACGAUUUCCAUCAACCCAUUCCUACGAUCGCCCUUCCCAUUUCAAAUGGGAGUUUCGCCCCCGUUCACGCCAAGGAUGUAGCACGCGCUGCCGUGGCUCUCUUGUCAAAUCCCUCACGACACCUGAACCGCACAUAUACCCUGACUGGCCCUGACCUCCUCACUGGUGUCGAGAUUGCUGGCAGAGCGUCCAUGGCCAUCGAUCGACCUGUCAGGUUUAGGAAUGGAAGCAUUGCUCAAGCACGUGCACAAAUGCGACGCAUUAGAGAAGAACAUGAAACCGGUCGUCUUCAAGAAUGGUUCAUUCAAUCCGUCGUUCAAGUGUAUCAGGCAAUCGCUGCUGGACACUAUCAAAUGGUGACAAGUGAUGUUCUGGCUCUGACAGGCCGACCGGCGACGCCGAUCGACAUUUUCUUCCAAGAGAAUAAGAGUGUCUUUAACAAAUCUGAAGGAUCCGUGAACGAUCACCAUGAUACGCGACCCGCCGCGUGCAUUAUGGAUCGUAGUGCAGACUAUGUCUCUGUUGCUUACAAGGGUGCUUACGGCACCGGCCUGGGCCGCUAUGUUCUUUUGCCAUUGCCUGCUAAAUUGUAGUAGCUGGUGUGUUUGGGUAAUAUGAAGUAGGAUAUGAAAGUGUAUAUAGACAUAACUGGAGCUUUGGGGGCAAUAUUGAAACGUUCAAGCUGUACAAAUUCGAAAUAUGAAUGUGACUUUGCUAUUGAUGCAA